AUGGUACGUUGCUGAGCUUCAGAAGAUGCAAGGCUCAGUUGACCCAAACACUGACGUAUAUACUCUCUCCCGACGCCACGCUGCUGCCCUUUCACAUGACGCACGCUACUGCAUGAUGACAGGCCGGAGCAAGUGGAAAGCGAAUCGCCGCUUCCAACGCCAAGACGUUGCACCAACUCCGCCUUGCGUUCCUCAUCACACAUGUGCGUGAUCAAACCUGGAACAACUCUUCCAAGCUCGCAUUGACCCACCCAUGACAUCCCCCCCCUGCAGCCCAUCUCGCUCGCCUCUUGGGCCUUCUUCCCCUCGUUGAGGGUGUGGAAACAUCUCUUCUACUUCUUUACAACGGAUUCAAUAGCCUUGAUCCUAUGGUAUCAACUCGAAGGGAUGGCUCGACGGAAAGAUGAUGUUGGGAGUCCAGGGAUGGCAGCGUAAGUAGCCCACACUCGGGGGGAAAAGAUUCUUUUCGUCUUGCUGAUGCCGGAUUCUUGGUUCCUGCGAGCAGGUACAUGUUCGACAUCAUCUACGUCACCUUAUUCGUUCAUGCUACGACGGCGUUGAUCAGUCGCAAGUUCUGGGCACUUUACCUCUCGGUUCGUUCGCUUCUCUUUCUUCUUCCUUCGGACCCCACCCCCCACACUUCUACCUAUCACAAGCACAUCACUUAUCGCUAUUGGCUCCCCCUUCUCCAGAUCCCCCUCUACGCCCUCUACCGCCUCUACUCGUUCGCAAAACCUUACUUAUUCCCUUCCAAAACCUCCUCCUUAUCAUCGCAAGGAUCCGGCAAGACCUCGAAAGCAACCACUCGAUCGUCAUCAACCACGACUUUGUCGACGCAGGACUCGUCAACUCCGACGAGUAAACGACAGGCCAAGUUGGCGGAGAGGGCCAAGAAGGGGGAUCAUCGGGUGCAGAUGCAGGAGGUGAGGAAACAGGCUUGA